UAGUUCAAAGUCGCAAUCGAUAUCAUUUACGUUACCGUCGAUAAAAAAAAAAACAGCUCGUUAUGUCAAUAUUCUCAUGGUCCUGCAAGGACAGAUAGAGCAUGGCGACUUAUUGAGCGUGACCGAUUUAGAAUCUACAAGCCUAAACGAAUCACGCUGACCUAGAUAUUUUUCAAGGUGCUCUGGAUUUGUUUUUACUUCCGUUUUAUAACAAAGCGAAAUAGAAAGUAGAGAUCGGCAACGCAAAGCCUGUGUUGAUAAACUAUUAAUUUUAUCUAGCUUUAGACGCCUAGAUCUAUUUCCAAUUUUCAGACAAAAUAAAACAACAUGCCUCCCUUAGCAGACGGAUUCUGGGGGAAAGAGACUUCUACGCUGGACUGGUGUGAGGAGAAUUAUGUUGUCAGCUAUUAUGUUGCAGAAUUUUGGAAUACCGUGUCAAAUGUAAUUAUGAUCUUUGCUCCAUUUGUCAUGGUGUUUGUUGGCUACACUGAGAAACAUGAAAAGCGUUUCCUCUAUAGUUUUUUGGCAUUAACAGUGGUUGGAACAGGUUCCUGGUUUUUUCACAUGACUUUGAAAUACAGCAUGCAGUUGAUGGACGAGCUACCAAUGAUCUGGGGAACAAGUUUCUUGGUUUAUUCUUUAUACAUGAUGGAUAGUAAACCAAAUGAAGAGUGUCUACCUUUGAGAAACGGUCUCAUUAUUUAUAGCAUUGUAGUUACUUUAGUGUACAUUCUGGUCAAAGAUCCAAUCUUCCAUCAAGUGGCCUAUGGUCUAAUGGUGGCAAGUAUCAUCAUAAUGGCCAGUCGAAUAUUAUUAACCAUCAAGUGUAGUAGAAAGCUGUAUUUGACCAGCCUUUUCACUUAUGGCCUGGGAUUCUUUUUGUGGAAUGUAGACAAUGUGUUUUGUUCACAUCUGAGAUCAAUAAGGUCACAUCCUGUUGGCCAGGUGUCUGGAAUGCUGUUUGAAUGCCAUGCCUGGUGGCACAUUUUUGCUGGCACAGGAACUUAUCUCUCGCUGUUAUUUGGUGUUCAUACACGCUAUGUAUUCCUUAACGAGAACCCAAGAGUUAAGUUUCUUUUGGGUUGUUGGCCGUAUGUAUCUAUACGAGAUGAUGGCUUUAAGUUGCGCUAGAUAACGUCCUCACAUACAGCUGCCAAGACAAAAGAUUUAGUUGUUACUUUGCCUGCCAAUUAACUUAAAAGUAUUUAUUUUUUAUCAUUAUGCUCCUUGUGAUCCGCAGUUCAUUUUAGUGUAAAUGUGAAUCAGUUUUAUUGCUGUAGAAUUCAAUUUCAUUGUAAUAUUUAUUGUGGCUUAACAUUUCAUGUCAAACAUGUCAUGUCACAUAUUUUUGCCCAUUAUAUUGUAAUCAUCAGUUGUUGUUUUAAAUUCAAUUACUAUUAAUUGCUAAAUAGAAACCUAUCCAUCUUUUAAAAAAACCCUUGUUAAAAGUCAAUUGAGCAUUAGGUCUAAGAAAAAUGUUUCAUUCAGGUCCCUUUCUGUUCUUGCUUCUGUAAAUUUCUAUUUGCCUGCUGUGUGUUUUUUUGUUUUUACAUUUUUAAUUUAUUUUUAUUCUUGUGGAAUUUCUGUUGUAUCCCUAUUAGCUUCACCUGUCUUGUACAUCGUUCUGUAAGUCCAGUGUCCAGUCUGGCUGUUUUUCAAAAGUGAUAACUGGAAAUGGCAAACAUCUCAUUUUAGAUUAGUCUAAACUGCUUCUUAGUUUCUUCCACAAGACCUCUUAUUCUCAGGCAAUAGUUUGUAGCUAGAGUUUUUACUCUUAUGACUCAUCAGCAUGUUGCAGGGGCUGCUGGCCUAUGUUCGGGCCCACCAUCUCAUCUGUGAAGGUGCUUUGUGGGCUGCCCACCUUACUAAUACCAACAUUGGACUUGUCCAUGCAUCUGUUGCAGAUAUUUCUGCAUCAAUAAUAAUAAUAUUAAGGCAUGUCUUCGAGUCUGAAGAUUAAUGAGGGAUGCCGUAUUUCCCAUGGCUACGCAGCCCCAGCUCGACCUACAUAUUUUGCCAGAUCUCAUCAGUAAAGGUGAUUUGUGGGCUGCCCACCUUACAAAUACCAACAUUGGACUUGUCCAUGCAUCUAUUGUAGAUAUUUCUGCGUCAAUAAUAAUAAUAAUAAGGUGUGUCUUUGAGUCCAAAGAUUAAUGGGGACUGCAGUAUUUCCCAUGGCUAAGCAGCCCCGGCUGUGACCUACAUAUUUUGCCACUGACAGCAUGAACUAGCACUUUCAUAAUUUUGCCUUGGAGAAAUUUUUUUGUCAAAGCUUGAGGAUGUAAUGCUGUCUGAAAUAUGCAGCUAAGUUAAAUGUAUUUUUAUUACUUUGGUCUUGAUCAAUGUUACAUCUAGUCUUUAGUCACAAGGAUAAGUUAGUGUUUGAAUUUUGGUAAACAGUUGAAUUGUAAGGAUGACCAGAGCGAGCUAAGCUGUAAUUGAAAUUAUUGUCACUUAUUUUAUUGAGGAGUUUUCUUCUGUUUAACUCUUUCUCUCCUAACUGACGAUACCAACGUUGAUUCCACUAGAAUGUGGUAAAUAAUUAAGGAGAGAAAGAGUUAAGUCCAUCAACUUUUUUUUUUCUGUUGCUGUGUAACCUCUUCUUGUAUCUUAAGGAGUUUCUUUGGGCUUUCUCCCUUUCUCUGAACCAUUUGUUUUUUAUCCCAACACAGUAUUUGAUCAACUCAAACUGGUAUACUGUCUCACAAACAUGUAUAUUUAUUUACUACAUCAAACAUGUGGCUAAUGAUUCAUACUUAAUUAUAACAUUUAAUUAGUCAUUUUAUGUUUAUGUCAUAUCGGCUCAGUCACAAGGGGCUCAUGUUCCAAGUUUGGCUAUUUACUUCACGUAGGGCAUACACUGACAUUGAGUAAUCAAAGUCCCUAAACUCUGAGAGUCCAAUAUAGAGAUAAUCAUUUACAUUAUUUAACUACAUUUUAACCAUCGCAUAAUAAUGUCAGUGUCUUGAUUCCGAAGAUUAAGGAUGAGUGUAGAGUUUAGUAAAUAGUUAGAGAAUACGGUAUCCCAGAAAAAUUCGUCCAGAUCCUACGACACCUUUACAGUCAGUCUAGUUGCUGCAUUAAAACAGAAGAGGGAACAACAGAGUUUUUUACAAUCGAGACAGGUGUGAGACAGGGGUGCAUCUUAUCUCCCUUCCUUUUCCUCCUAGCCAUUGACUACAUAAUGAGGAGAGCAAUGAACCAGACUGCCUUUGGUAUUCCAUGGCAUGAACAACUCCGAUUGACGGACUUGGACUUUGCUGAUGAUGUUGCACUACUCGGGGCUACAAAUAAAUGCAUUCAAGAAAUGACGGAGAGCCUAGACAGAGAGGCACCCAAAAUUGGCCUCCGCAUAAACUUGGAUAAGACUAAAAUUAUGCGAGUGGGAUAUAAGGCAAAGGGUGUCCCCAUCAGACUUGGCGAGUCAAAGCUUGAAGAGCUGGACAAGUUCACGUACCUUGGCAGCAUCAUAACAAAUGAUGGAGAUGCUUACCAUGAUGUAGCAUGUCGAAUAGGAAAGGCAGGGAGCAUUUUCCAAAGGCUGCAGCCUAUUUGGACUAGCCAAGCCAUUGGACUCGAGACAAAAAUACACCUUCUCAACACAAUCGUCAUUCCAACUGCUACAUAUGCAUGUGAGACGUGGAAGUCAUCUGUCAAAAUUGAGAAAACACUAAAUGUGGCUCAACAGAGAUGGCUGAGACGGAUUUUGGGAGUCAGUUACACAGACCGGAUCUCAAACAAGGAAAUCCUAUGCCGAACUGGGAGUCGAACACUUAGUGAGGUUGUGACUGAGCGUCGCAUGAGGUUUGCGGGACAUGUUCUACGUCAAAAUGAAUUACGCACACCAAGAGUUGCGAUAACAUGGAAGCCAAAACGAGGAAAGCGCAAACAGGGACGUCCUCGUAUUACCUGGCGACACACCUUCAUGGAGGACCUCAGAACAGUGGACACCAGAUGGGAGGAGGCUUCAGACAUUGCCAGUGACAGAUCAUUAUGGAGACAGCUUGCCGCCCAAUGCGCCGAACGGCGCGGGAGGACCUAAGUCUAAGCCUAAGUCUAAGUAGAGUUUCACAUGACUACGCAAACCUUGUAGCGACCUGCCCAUCAUAAUAUCUAGAUUUAAUAGAACAUGGAAUUAGUGCUUGGAAUUGCUACUUGGAAAGAUUGAUUCAAGAGCGUGCGUCAAAUCAGACAUUGAUUCUCCACAGUAACAAUAGAGUUUGUGACAUUUAUUUGAUGGUACUAUUUUUGUUAAUUAGAUUCAAACUUGUUCAUUGUUUCGGUGAAAGCUGUAUACUAUACUUGUUGCUAUUUAAGAUACAAUAUUUCUAUACAAUUUACAAGUUGCUGAAUGUUAUAAGGAAUUGUCAUUUUAUUUCAUUUUUGAAUCAUUUUAUUUUUUAUAAUGUCAAUUUAGAAGUUGCACCGUUUAUUUUUGCCCUAAUUUAUUUGUUAUCUGUAGAUAUUUACUUUUUGAGAUUUGUUUGCCCCUUGGUGUGGAAGUAAAAAUGAUUAGUUUUCGUCUACAAUAGCAAAUAUUUAUGCAGUUAGAUUCUGACUAGAUAAGAAACAUGUUUAUCUUAAUUGGGUCAUAAAAUAUGUGAGCUGGAGGCUCUAGCACAAACAGCCCGUAAUAUUUUACUGAGCUUGUAUCUACUGUGAAUGUUUUUUUUAACUAUGUUUGGAGAGUUGUGUGAUUUUAGACUGAACAGUGUGUUGAAAUUAUUCAUUUGAUGCUCAGAUAAGGGGCAGACUGUUCCUUAUCUACUUAGUGUGAUAUUAUUUUGUUUUUUUUAUAUUCCAAUAUUGAUGAACAACCUUCACUAUUUUCUUGACUUACAAACUUGAGACUCAUUUCCUGGACUGAAUCACUGACCUGUAUCUAGUUGUUUUACACAUUUUUAGUUGUUAUAAUGGUCUCUAAUUCAGUGCAUCAUGAGAUAAGGUAAUUCUCUUUGAUGUGUAACUUUUCUGUACUAACAUGAAUUAUUUCAACAUAGUUUGCAUCACUUCUUAAGAGUUGUGUACUUGAAGGUUCAGACUCACACACAUCACUAGAAAGAAUCUGUGUGGCCUGGAAUGAUCUUGAAUAUUCCCUAGUCUCAAUGCACUCUAUGGUAAAUGGCUUACCUGGGGAUGAAGAAUCAUGUCACUACAAGAAUUUGUUUACAUGGAAUGUUUCUCAUCUUGCUGGCUUUGUGGCUGUUCUUUAUAUAUAUAUAUUUUUUUUUUUUAAAUUUUUUUUUUACUCAUUGAUUUGUUUUGUACAAAUUUAUUUUGCUUUGAGGCCAAUUUUAAAAACCUUUAAUAAAGUGAAGUGUUGAAUAAUUCUAA